CUGAAAUAUUGCAAAUAUGCACUUAAUAAAAUAUAAUAGGUUUUUCCAAAAGGAUAGUAUUUUUAAUGCUCUUCUAAGAAAAGUGAAUAAUUUAAAAUGUUAUUAAUACACAGAAAGUUUGUUGUUUCAUUAGUUGUGUAUGUUUUUAAGUGUUAACUCUAUAAAUAAAGGAGAGUAGAAUGAAAUUAGCUGCCUUAGUUUACAUUUUAUUUAUCACAAAUGUCAAAUCAGAUGUAGAACCUUUGGUACAAACUUCGUUAGGGACCGUUAAGGGAGCCAUCCUUAUUUCUAGACUUGGACGGCAAAUUUACUCAUUUCGAGGAAUUCGGUAUGCUAAAGCUCCCGUCAAUGAAUUAAGAUUUCAACCGCCUGUUCCAGUAGACAAAUGGGAAGGAAUUUAUGAUGCUACCAAAGAUGGACCGUUAUGUCCUCAACCUACAUCGAGUCCAACAUCAGAAGAUUGUUUAAUUCUAAAACGUUUACACUACUAAACUUCCAACUGCAAAAACAAAUCCACAACGUCCAGUUAUAGUCUUCAUUCAUGCUGGUGGUUUCUACAGCGUUGGAUCAGCUAGUUAUUGGAUAGGACCACAAUAUUUUCUAGACCAGGAUAUAGUACUGGUAACAAUUAAUUACCGAUUGGGGUCCUUAGGUUUUCUUAGUACUGGUGAUAAAUUGGCUCCCGGUAAUAAUGGUUUAAAAGAUCAAGUGCAAUCUUUAAAAUGGAUUAAACAAAAUAUUCAUUCAUUUGGUGGUGAUCCAAAUUCUGUAACGAUUUUUGGAUACAGUGCUGGUGCUACAAGUGUUGUGUUACAUAUGGUUUCACCCAUGUCUCAGGGUUUAUUUCAUAAAGCAAUAGCUAGUUCACCAACAAAUAUUGGACCCAUACCACAUGAUCAGUUAGAGAUUGCAAGAAAACAAGCAAGAAUUGUUGGCUGCCCUGACGAUUGUUCUAAAAAUAUCAUUAAUUGUUUAAAAACAAAAUCGUUUCAAGAAUUAGGCGAUUCUCUUCCUAAAUUCGCGGAAUUCGGAAACGAUCCUGUGUUGAUAUGGUCUCCAGUAAUAGAGCCAGACGUAGGUCAACCUAUAUUUUUACCAGAAAAUCCAAUUCGUUUAAUUACCAACGGAAAAUUUAAACAAGUUCCUUUUAUUACUGGCAGGACCAGAGAUGAAUUCGGUUGGUUUUCGUUAAGAGUGUUGGAGAACGAGACAUUAACAAAGCAGCUGAAUGAAAAUUUUGAUAAAAUAGCACCGAUUAUAUUCAUUUAUGAAAGAGACACAAACUUUUCUAGAUCUGUUAGUCAUGCAAUUAAGAAUUUUUAUUUCAUCAAUAAAACAAUUGACUACUCUCAACAAAAAGCUUUUGCAGAUAUUUAUGAAGAUUCCAUUACUGGGUUUGCGGUAGAUAGAGCCGCGAAGUUGAUUGCAGAACAUAGUAAAGAACCAGUAUAUUACUACAGAUUUAGUUAUAAAGGACGAUACAGUCAUCGAUAUUUACCUAACACGAAUAAUACUGUACCUUACGGAGUGGUCCAUCAUGAUGAUUUGAUCUACUUGUUCUAUAUUUCAACAGCAUUCCCCUUAUUUAAAGAACACACCCCGAAAGAAGUUGAGAUGGUUAAAAAACUGACGAGUCUAUAUGCAAAUUUUGCAAAAACUGGCAAUCCAACACAUGAUCUUCCAAAAAACCUAAUUGGAGCCAAAUGGGAGCCGUUUACCUCAUCAAUACAAAAAUAUCUCGAUAUCGGUAAUACUAUUGAAUUUAAAGAUCAUCUUCACAGGAAGCGAUUUGAGUUUUGGGAGAAACUGUUUCCACUAAGUCUAUAUACGCGAAACCAAAGCAUAGAUAACUGCAAUAAGAAUUGAUACUAUGUUAAUACUUUUAAUACAUAAUGGAAUUGUGUUUUUUUUAAGUCCUGAUUUGUACUAAUUACAAGUAAUUGACUAUAUUAUUUUAGUUGAAGUUUCUUUCGUGUAAAUAUAAUAAUUCUUCUAUUUCGUCUAAAAACAUGUUCCAUUUGAACUAACCAUUUAUUAACCCUGAGGUGAUACUUAACUAUUAAAAGAUAAUAAAAUUUAAGUCUCAUUCUUAUUUAAAUUAUAAAUAUAAAAGAAAAUAAUCUUAUAUACAAGCAGUGGUGGCUUAGCUGUAAAAACAUUUUAUAUGUGGAUAAUUUGUCGAUUUUUUGUCGUAUAUUUUUCGUGGAAAAAAUUUGUCACAUCUCCUUUUUUGAAAUAAAUUCCAAUUUACCCAUUAUUGCCCAAGCAUGGAAAAAAUAGAUAACAUAAUGAAAUAUUUUUCCAAAUGAUCUAUUAUAGCAUCAAAUAAAAGCAGUAGUUCAUUUUUUUUUAUAAUACAAGAACAUUACUGUUGCGUGAACGCAAUGUUGGCUGAAACACUUAACUUGAAUGAUGCCCUUCAAAGCAAUUUGGGUAUAUAUGGACAUUACAAUUCCUUGUCUGACUAUGAUACAAUCUGUAUCUUCUUCUUGUAGGUUGUUUAAAUAUGAAAUUACUCGAUUGGUCCCGACGAAUAUCGGCUGGUAUGUUAUUUGGAAAUGAAUCUGAAGUUUAAAGAAUUUAUUUUCAGCAAUCGGUAUGCCACAUUUGAAUUAUUUUAGGCACAUAUUUGUGCUGUUUACUGUUAUAUAGUUUCCACAAGUUUACUGAGAUAUUACCACUUCUGUAAUUAGCUACAUAAUUAUCAUGUAUAUCGACGCCUCCAUAUAUAGGAAAUUUAUUGAGAUAAUACAAAUGGUUAUGUUACGUUCAUUGUCCGUUUUUUAGUUCUAUUGUAUGUUUGCUAUUCUUAUAGGCUCGACAUGUACUAUCAAUGUGACGACAUAAUUAUCACACCCACAGCCAAAGAAAUAAAAGUAUCCUCGUCAAAACAGCUACAGUAUGAUCCUUCUUGUCUAUCUUCUUUUUAUUAUUUUGGAUGACUCUCAUGGAACAUGUUGGGUUCUAUAUUCUCGAAUGCUGACCUUCUCACCUUGGUCGUGUUAAAUGUCCGUAACUACUUCGUCUAAUGCCAGUUCUAACUACUUUUGUGUUAGUAUUUUCAACAUAUUUACUAGAAAAGUCUACAACAGUUUUUUUUUUGUAAUAGUUAAUUGAAGAAUACUCUAAAACCAUCUCAAUAUCUAACGAUAAAUAUCAAUACGACAAAUCUGGAUAUAUAUUGUAAUGAGGAGGAUGUUGUAAUUACGUUUAAGUAGCUAUAUUGUAAUGGGUAAUGAAUGGCGUGUUUAUUUUUUUUUUAUUUUAUUUUAAUUUUAAUUUAAUUAUUCUAAUUUAUUUUAAUCAUAUACAAUUUUUUUUUAUUAAGGCUCCUCGUCUGGCACCAUACUGUAAUGAGCUUCACGUUUAGCAGCCAUAAAUUCUUAUGGAAUGAAUAUUUUAAUAAAGAGUAACAUUACCCA